GUGCCAUCUGGUUGAUUUUUGCUAAUUUGCUAAAGCCACUUGCUCCAUGAGAGAACGGCGAUUAGAGAGCUGCGCGUCUGUAUAGCGUUCAGCAGCUUCGGUGGAGACUAAUUCUGACCUGCGACAACCCAACUGGUGGCAGCACCACCCAACUGUGCACCAGUGUGGUGGACAGUGAGGCAAUGAUGUACAUUUAGUCCCGCGCAUCCUGACAAACCCCUACAGUCCAGCCCAAACCCCGCUCACUGGUGCAAGUCUGUGAUCUGUCUUUCUUCCCACCGCGAAAUGUGGACGACGGUGGCGUUGGUGGUGACAGUGCUGGUGAUCCUUUUCGUCAGGGCCAACAUCAGGCCGGCGGGAUUUCCUCCAGGACCGUUCUGUCUGCCUUUCUUCGGCAACGCUCUCCACAUCAUACUGCUUUCCCCAAAAGUCGCCUUCGAGAAGUAUGUGAAUGACUACGGUGGAAUCCUGAGCUACAGGGUGUUCAACACAUGGGGAUUGCUGGUGAGUGACCCAGCACUGAUGAAAGCUGGAAUGGCUGAUCCGGCGCUGUCAGGCCGCAUUGACCUGAUACUGUUCGAUCACCGGGAUUCCAUCAUUAGGAGGAACAAGAGUGCUCCGCUGGGCAUCAUCAGCACCAGCGGCGACGUGUGGAAGAACCAGCGACGAUUCACAUUGCGGACGCUGCGGGACUUAGGUUUCGGCCGCAGCACGCUGGAACCGAUUAUGCAAGAGGAACUGGAGGAGCUGCUGAAACUGUUCCGCGAGCGAGAGGGAGAGAAGGUGGAAGUAGGGCUUCUCUUCAACCGGAGCAUCGUGAACGUGAUCUGGGCCAUCACUAUCGGGAAGCGCUACUCCUACGACGACAAGAAGCUGGAGAAAUUGGUGGAGAAGGUGAGCAAGAUGGUGCAAACCUUCAAUCCAUUCCACCCGGCGCUCAGGUUUCGCUGGGUGAAGAAACUGUUCCCCAACCUGACUGUAAUUCACAACACGCAUCACUACAUGGCGGAACUCCUGGCCUUCAUUGAGAGCGAGAUUGAAGUGUACAAGCAGCAGAAGGGAGACCAGGAGGACACGAGCUGCUACAUUGGCGCCUACUUGCAUGAACUGGAGCAACUCAAGCCAGACGAGGAGGACGACACCUCACUCUCGAUGGAUCAUCUGAAGGCCAACAUCCUGGAGCUGUUCCUUGGGGGGAGCGAGACGACUUCCUCGACACUUUGGUGGGCUGUGUACUGGCUGGCCUCCAACCAAAACGCCCAGCGCGCCAUGCAGGAGGAGAUGGAUCGCGUGGUGGGCCGCUGCAACACGCCCACCAUCAGCCACAUGGACAGGCUGCCGUACACCAUGGCCACUAUCUACGAGGUGCAGCGCAUGGGUGACCUCGUUCCCUUCGCCAUCCCGCACAUGGCCACCGAGGCCACCUCCCUCGGCGGCUACCGCAUCUCCGAAGGCACGCAAAUGAUGUUCAAUUUGUCCCACGGCCUCUUGAACUCCAGAUACUGGAAGGAUCACGACAAGUUCCGCCCCGAGCACUUCCUCACCGAAGACGGCAAGGUGUUCAAGCCAGACCACUUCAUGCCCUUUGGAUUCGGCAAGCGCGUGUGUCUGGGGGAGUCCCUGGCGCGCCUCGAGGUGUUCGUCUUCCUCGCCUCGUUGAUGCACCGCUUCUCCUGGCGGAUCACAGAGGACCCUGUAGUGUGGGAGACCAGCACCGUCAUCAGCCGACCCCCAAAAUUCUCUGUGUACAUCGUCAGUAGGGACCAGGACAUGGACUGAUGCAUUAGACUCGCCUAGCCCUACCCUGCCUCGCCCAGCCAACAGCCGCGUGGGGACGGGAAAAGAACGAAGAUAAGGAGGAAGAGGAGUCAGUAUGUGUUCUCCUGGUGCUAGUGAUGCUUAGGGCAUCUGAUUUUUUUUGAUGAGCAAUGCCUCCAUUUGAUUUUGUCGUAUGUAUGUAUACAGUUCAUGGUGCUUCCUGUCCCGGUUUUACUCUUUUCCCUUGUCAGGUUAAAGUUUCUCUGUUCUAGAAGCAGAAUCGAUGCAGGGUCGUUUUACUGGUUUUCUCUUCUGCUUUUGAUAUUGUUAAACAUGAAACAGGAAUUUUUAAACUCAUAUCUGUAGAUAUUAGGGAUUCGUAUUAUAAUAUUUUAUCCAACUUUAAUCUAAUGAUAAUAUUGCUUCAUUUAUUAACUUAAUUUUUUUUUUUUUUUUUUUUUUUUUUUUUUGUCAUGCUCUGAGUACUGCAGUUCAGCCUGGAAGUCGGCUGGUCCGUUUCAUCUAAAACUAAUGGGUAAUUUUUUAAACCUAAUACGCUUUUUUAACUGCCUAAUAUCAACUUGCAUGUUCAUCAACGUGGAAUGGUUGGUGCACUGACUGUGUUGUUCAAGUGUGUCAAUAAUAAUGAGCAUCCUCUUCAUGGCGCGUCACUGGCUCUAUUUCAGCUUUUUCACCCAACGCGUCAGUGGCUUUUCAGGCUUUUUUACUAUUUUUUUUCUUUUUAAAUUAACUGGUUUUACCGCAUAUCAAUCACAUUUGACUAAAGUGUGAGACGUGCUUACUGACGAGACUGUUCCUGAAGUUACCCUUGAUAAAUUGAAAGUAAAAGUUAACACCUUCCUGUUAACUCGUUAAGCUUUGUCCCAA